CGCACUGUCCUCAAACGUGCAGUACUUUCUCAUAACAAGCAGGUUGUUGAACAUUCAGUAUCAACUUCAUGUAAAUAUAGGACCAUAUGCACUUAAAAUUUGGAUUUUAUUAAGGUACUACUUAGUCAUGGUUCUUGCGACAUUUACUUAUUUGAGACAGUUUGAUCUAAAGACCAUUUUAUAAAUGCGACCCCUGGUCUCUGAGGUCAUAUCAACACUGAUGCAGAAACACUAUUCGUAGUGUUUCUGUCUAACAAAUAGCCUACAUUUGAGAAAUAAUUAGCCUGACUAAAUCAGCAUGGCCGGAAUGUAUAGACUUGAAUGAGAUACUUUUGCUGGGGAAACACAGUUUGCUGUUAGAAGUGAUGUUGGCGAGCCAGUAAGAGGCAGUCUUCUAUCUGGUCUAACGGUGUAUGUGCGCGAGAGAGGAGGGGUGAAAGAGAGGGAGAGAGAUAGAGAAAGCGGGAGUGCUCACGGGACAGCAAAGCGGUCGGAUCCCGGAGUAGCGAAGAUGGAGGUCCGACCAGACAGAUUUAAGGCGGUUGCAGCAAAGACUCUGGGAAAAAUACACAGGGUGUUGGAGAAGCGUCAGGCAAAUGGCGAGACGAUCGAGCUGUCAGCUGAAGGGCGGCCUGAGCUUGUCGAGGAGAAGGAGCUCCCUGUGGUGGACUGCACCUGCUUUGGCCUGCCACGGCGCUACAUCAUCGCCAUCCUCUCUGGCAUUGGCUUCUGCAUCUCCUUCGGCAUCCGCUGCAACCUGGGAGUGGCCAUCGUCAGCAUGGUCAACAACCACACAGUCGUGAAAGGGAACAAGCACGUGUUGGUGAAUGCACAAUUCGCAUGGGAUCCUGAGACAGUGGGGAUGAUACAUGGCUCCUUCUUCUGGGGAUACAUUGUUACCCAAAUACCUGGCGGGUUCAUCUGUCAGAAAUUUGCUGCCAACAGAGUGUUUGGGUUCGCUAUAGUGGCCACCUCCACCCUCAACAUGUUGAUCCCAUCAGCAGCACGAAUUCACUUUGGCUGUGUCAUCAUAGUCAGGAUAUGUCAGGGACUUGUGGAGGGUGUGUCAUACCCAGCCUGCCAUGGAAUCUGGGCCAAAUGGGCGCCCCCUCUUGAAAGAAGUCGACUGGCGACGACAGCAUUUUGUGGUUCCUAUGCAGGAGCUGUUAUAGCCAUGCCAUUAGCAGGAAUGCUGGUCCAGUACACCGGCUGGUCUUCAGUGUUCUAUGUCUACGGCAGUUUUGGGAUUUGCUGGUACCUCUUCUGGGUCCUGGUGUCAUAUGAGAGUCCAGCAGCCCAUCCUACCAUCACAGAUGAGGAAAGGAAAUAUAUAGAGGAGAGCAUUGGGGAGUCAGCAGGCCUGGUGAACCCCCUCCAGAAAUUCAACACCCCUUGGAAAAAGUUCUUCACCUCCAUGCCAGUUUAUGCCAUUAUUGUGGCCAAUUUCUGCCGUAGCUGGACCUUCUACCUGCUACUAAUUAGUCAACCGGCAUACUUUGAGGCAGUGUUUGGCUUUGAGAUCAGCAAGGUAGGGCUGUUGUCUGCCCUACCCCAUCUGGUGAUGACUAUCAUUGUGCCCAUUGGGGGCCAACUGGCCGACUACCUGCGGUCACAUCAAAUCAUGACCACCACCAAUGUCAGGAAACUCAUGAAUUGUGGAGGAUUUGGAAUGGAAGCCACUCUAUUGUUGGUUGUUGGUUUUUCUCACACAAAGGGAGUAGCUAUAACCUUCUUGGUCCUCGCUGUUGGCUUCAGUGGAUUUGCUAUCUCAGGGUUCAAUGUGAAUCACCUGGACAUCGCUCCUCGAUAUGCUAGUAUUCUCAUGGGCAUCUCCAAUGGAGUUGGUACUCUAUCAGGCAUGGUUUGCCCUCUCAUAGUUGGUGCUAUGACCAAACACAAGACAAGGGAGGAGUGGCAGUAUGUUUUUCUCAUAGCCUCCAUUGUGCAUUAUGGAGGAGUUAUCUUCUAUGGUAUUUUUGCCUCAGGAGAAAAGCAGGCAUGGGCAGAGCCAGAGACCACCAGUGAUGAAAAUGAAACAGAAGAAUUAUAUCGCUCUGGAGGAGUGGGGCAAUAUGGAGCGAUGAGUCAGCCCAGUAUAGACCCCAAUGGAGGAGGAGGAGGAGGAGGAGGGUGGGCUACAGAUUGGGACAAAAGUGAGGAGUAUGUGCAACCUCCAGGGGCCAAUAGUUAUCUUUAUGGGGGAGAGGAAGAGAGGGAGCUAACAUAGAGUAUGUGGGGGAGGUAAGGGAAUUAAGGGCAGAGGAGGGUAGUUAUAUAGUGAGGAAAGAACAGGGAUGGAGUAGGGGAACACUAGGUACACAAUGAGACUGUUACACAUUGGGAGGGCAUGCAGAGAGAACUAAAGAGAGCUAUAGGGUAAAAGAAGCUGGACUGAAAAGAGAUAAGAGGUGGAGGGUACAAGAUCAAGAGAGGUGAGUUGUAGAAUGAAAGUAGCUGCAGUCUAACCAAAGGAAUACAAUUGGGAACAAUGUGUGUAUCAAAAAAGUAUGAUAAAACAGGGUACAGUGAACCCCUUUAUACAAUUAAAGAAUAAAUGUGUGUAUUAUGUUUGUGAGUGUAUGAAUGUGAGUAUGAAUUUGUACAUGUCAUGGCAAGAUCAGAGCAAUGUAUUUUAGCAUACCAGAGCCUACAUUCUAUUUGUCAGAGGUCCUCUUUAUGAGUAUAGAUUGUUUGAAGCCCAGUUUGGUUGUUUCCGGUUCAAGAAUGUAUCUGUUUUACAGUAUCUAUCAACUGUCUACUCCUCUUUAAAUUUAAAAAGUAUUCCAUUCAUUACCAAACUGUAUGUGAAAAAAAUUAGUUUAUACCUGGUGUGGAACAGACAUUCCUGGCUUUGAAGGAGCUGUUCUUGACUCGUGCUGCACAUGUAGGAUGGCAUAGCAUAGCAUAAGAUAGCAAAGCAUAGCGUGCUUACAAGGGCUGAUUAAAUUUACCUCCAAGUCUUUUGCCAUAAUGAUAAAUAAAAUGAUCCAAAUCAGUAUGGAUUUAAAACGAGUUCCAUUUAAAUUUUGACCUUUACAACAUAGAUUGUUUUUUUCUUCAAAAUUAAAUAAAAUGAAGAGUAUGUAUUUAAAUAGUGUGACUAUGGCUGAAGGAUUUGUUGGAGUUUGAGAGGCAUUUAUUCCUCACAGAGAUCUCGGAUCACCUGAAGGUAAUAAAUACCUGUGAAUCUUUACAGUCCAUUAUCCAAAUAAGAGAUCAAAUAUGUGCCAGUAAAAUAUAUCUGAAACAGUUUAUUUUGCAUAGGGGUAAAAAUGAACAAAGAAUAACCCCCCACACACACACAGCAUGCACACAAAUAAACUGAUUGCAUUUGGUAUCUAUUUGUUUUUGAGGUUCACUUCAUUUUCACAGGCCUUGUCUAUUGUGCACACGCUAACAUUUUCUGUGAGGAGAUGACAGUGACAGGGGUGACUUCAUUGACAGGGCACUGAGGCCAGGUAGUUCUUUAUGUUAAAUUACAUUGUAUGAAAAUGUGUACUUCAGAAGUUAUGUGUACUAUAUUGUGUACUGAAAGUUAGCAAAACUCUUGUCUUAAUGUAAGAUGUUUUCCAGACAAAACCUACUUAGUUCCUACCAACACACAAAACAAAGAUAACCUAUUCAAGUGGUCCAGCUUUCUUAGGGUUUCUUUGGGCUCUUUCUUUGUUGCCAUCUUAUUGCAGACAAUCAUGCCUAAAAGGCCUAAAUGCCCAGUCAGAUGAUAGGUAAAGCAAACCUCCUGUCACAUGACUUCUCAAGCUAUUGAUUAAGCUCGUUUGAUGUGCAUCUUUCCUUUCCUUACCUGUACCAAUGCAGUUACCGUGCAUGCUCUGUAGUGCUGAUUUUCAUAUCCAGAAGACUGUAUAAAGACCUAAUGAAAUGUCGUUCACAAAUGCUUUAAUGAUCCUGGGAUUUUGGACAGGAAACACACUUUUGCCACUUGCCAUAUAAGGUGUGUCUCAGUACUACAUCAUAAUUUCAUAAUUUCAACCCAUGUUCUCAAAGAUUGUAUCCGGAUCUCUGGCCCAGAAGCUAGAGUCACUGUCCUGUCAUUGGUAGCUGCUGAGUUGAAAACAAGGAGGCAGACAACUUCCCUUAAACUGAUUAUUGGUCUCAAUUUGUUGAUCAGUCAUAAUUUCAUAAAAUACUGUCAGAUAAAGCCAGUUCUCCUGAAUUAGGCUAUUAGGCGAGUAAUAAAAUUAUUUAUAUUUGCAUUGCAAAAUUGUUUGCAUUUUUAAUUAUGUAAAAUUGUGGAUACAUGCACUUUGUUCUCCAAGAACUUUCUAAAAGAUCUGCAAUGUGCAGAUUUUGUCAUUAACUCAAUCUUGAAGUACAGGUUUUGUUAGAUGGCCUUUAUUGCAGGUUGCACAGAAAGCUAACUUGGUUAACAGAGUGGUGUAUCUUUUUUGUUAAGAGUUCUUGGUGAUUAAAACAAGAUUUUUCUAAAUUGCAUUUAUCAUUUAAUUUCCCUAACUUGAUGUGAAGAAAGAAGGUGUCUGCUUAUCUUCCAGUGGAUUAUUCUGGUUGUUGGCAUACUUAAUAAUCAAGGAAAAUGAUUCAAAACAGGUCAAGACCAAUAAUCAAUUUUUCUGCCACCUAGAAUUUCAGUUCAGCAGCCGCCACUGUCCUGUUUUGCUCUGCAUACGUACAGGAUUUUCUUGGUGUCACCUAUCACUGUUAUGCAAUCCUGUAGGAAGUGGCAAGUCUCAAUAAGACACAGUGUUCUAGUUGGAGUGAACUUCGGAACGGAGAGUCUACUCUAAUGGCUAUAUAUGUGUUAUGUAUAUCAGCACAUCCUGUUGCAAUGUAUAGAUGCAGUUUACAUGAGUGACACCUGAGUCACUUAAGAACAAAAUGUAUUACAGGCAUUUACAUUACAUUACAGGCAUUGCAUACAUUUCAUUUUCACUUUGAAUUGCAGAACUUCUAGAGAGGUUCUAAAAACUCGCAAAGGAUGAACAUAUUCGGUUAAAUUUUAAUUUUCCAAUGGGGUUUGUCAUUAGUUCUAAAUGUACCAUCCUUCAAAUUGUGACUCCUGGCCUGUACAUGAUAUUGUUCUUUCUCAUAAUUAUUAUCUGCAUAAAUUAUACGCAGGGGCAGAAUGGUGAUGAGCACUAAUGAUGUCGGAUAGUUUUUUUAUUAGAUUGUGUAUCUUAACCAAAUUAUUUUUUUAUGGCAUUGAACUACUGUGUGUUGCAUAGUUUAACUCUUUACCACCACUUGUUACCAUCUUUUGAAUAUUCAUUUUAUGAAGUUAUAUGUGUGGGUGUGUGUUUGAAUGUGUGUACAAAACACAUCCAUGCAAAUAUACACACAAUACAAAGAUGUCUAUCAGUGGUAGCCCCUAUAAGCAAGACAGAAGACAUAGAGGAAUUCAUAAACUUUCAGUGUGGACUUAUGGAACUGUUUAUCAUUUCAUCAUUAUGAUGAUGGUUAUUAAAUAAGGACAACAACAACAAUCAUUAAUAAUGAUUAUCAUCAUCAUAAUGAGACAAUUAUUUUAUUUUGUCUUUCUAUUAUAUUUCUAUUUUCUAUUAUAGUCUUUUUAUAAUAAUAAUAAUUGUAAAAAUAAUAAUAAUAGCAACAAUAAUACUUCAUUAUUAGUAUUAUUAUUGUUAGUAGUAGUAGUAGUAUGUGUUUAAGGUCAGUUCUCAUCUUCCCUUUUUCCUAUCCUUAUUCACCAUUUUUUGCUCAUGGGAUGCCACUGGUGUCUACAGGUCAGACAAAACAUGUUGCUUAUUUCAUGGAUUACAACUGGCCAAACAAAGUGCUGUAUAUCUGCAACAGGUGGGGUUCAUUCCUUUUGCCAAAGGUUAGAUAGAACCACUGACUUAAACAUUUUAUGGCUAUGAGUACUGCACAUUGAUUUUGUAUUUAACCAUACUGUAACACCUGGCAUCGGGCACUGGAAAAUACUUCUAUUUUGCCAUUUGUAGAGUUUGAAAAAAGGGGCUGGUUCCUGUCCUAUUAAUAUUAUUUCUGUAUAAUGUGUAUAGCAUAGCAGUGACUUACAGCAAUGGUAUGGAAUUGGGAUAACACAAUGCAGUACAAUGACUUCAUAUACUGUAGGCUUGACAUAGUUUUACAUCUGCAGCAAUUCUCAAGCAAUAAAAUAACAGUGCUGCACUUAACUAUUCUCAAAGGACAUUGUGAACCCUACUGAGAAUCUUUAUUUCUGUGUCUGGCCCUCACACACCGUGUGUUUAUCAGUCAUACUGCUGUGUCAGUAAACUGCUUAGGUGUCUUCAGAAAUUUUACAUUCCCAGAAUGCAUGGCAGUUUGUCAGUGCCGACACAGGGACAAAGCAACAAGUCAAGGCAAGACCUUGGCAUUCAUUUCUCAUGUCACCUGUGAAGGGCAUUUCUACCCAACCCUUUACUUGAACUCCCCUGCACUCUGUAAACUUCCUUGAAUUAUAAUUUCAUUAUUAUUAAGUCUUUUUAAUUUUACAUUUAUCAACCCUUCAAAUCUCAAAAAUUGUAAAACAUGUACAUUAGACUACUGAUGAUAAGGCAGUAAGGUAAAAUGUGGUUCUCUAUAUUAUGAACUAGACCAGAUUUUUCAAAAAGAAGCAGUGAAAGGACAAUUUGGAGUAAAUUCCCAAAGAAAGCAAUUCAUUGUGUGUGGAGGGAGGUGGCUAGGACAAAAUUAUUGAUGAAACAUGACAACUACCAGAAAGCUCAAUAAAAUAAUAGCUAUCAUUAUCAAGAUUAUCAGCAUACAUAACCUUUGCAUAAUUGUUUCUAUACUCAAUGAUAGAAUGACAAAUAAUGAAUUCUAGGUUUUUAUUUUGGUUAUAGCUGUUGUUGUCCCCCCCCCCCCCCCUUGGAUUAAUUCAUGUUUUCAGCAUUUAAUUCCAAUGUUUUCAUAUCAAAAACAAAAGAUGUAUAUGUAUUAUAUUAAAUUUUGUAUCUGCAAAAUUUUGAAAUAGUACAAAUAUGUAUGUGAUAAAUCUUAUGCAAAAUAAAACAAAUGUAUAUAUAAA